AUGUCUACCUCCGCCGUGCCAGUGCCGGCUCAACCUGCCCACCCCCGUUCCAUUCUUCGUGGGCACAAGGCGCAGGUUCACGCGGUUGCCUUUGUGCGCAACAAUGAGCGGCUGGUCACCGGCGAUGCGGACGGCUUCGUCGUGGUUUGGGACCUCACAAUCAUGAGACCCCGGGCGGUGUGGAGAGCCCACGGGGAAGUCUUGUUAGGGAUCGGCGGCUGGGGUAGUGAUAGACUCAUCACGCAUGGUAGAGACAACAAGCUCAUUGUUUGGCAGCUACGCGAGGCGGACGAGGACUCGCUUGCAAAGACGCUGCCCGUAGACCCGGCGGCUGAGGAUAGACCAAAACCCUGGCUGCUGUACAUGCUUGAGAUAAGCACAAUGAACUUUUGCACCUUUUCUCUCUGUGAGAUGUCAUCGGACCCGUUGUCUGAGGAGAGGGAGGCUCUUAUUGCGGUUCCGAAUACUCUGUCAUCAGAAGUUAAGCGUGAACACACCAUCAGACUGGGCCAAAGUGAGGGCAUGGUGAUGGCCCUUGAGUUGUUCAUCAUGGAUGGAUAUUUUACAGUGGCUGUCGGCUACGAGAACGGCGUUGCUCUCGUGGCGCAACAGGCCGACAGAUCGCAAAGUCCAGUAGGCACUUGGAACGUCAGGUAUAGAUCCAAAGCACACACGCAGCCGGUACUCUCCUUGGAUAUGUCUCCGAGCAAGGACUUUUUUCUGACAUCCAGCGCGGACUCUCUGUUGAUCAAACACCCCAUACCACACCCGCCGGCGGCGAGCGUCUUGGGAACCACCCAGGAAAAGAGUACAACGUCGGAGGGAGCAAAUGCCAAUGUGGUUGACUCGCAGCCGCCAGCCUUGGCGUCAAAGCCCCUCGAGACGCCCAUGGUUCCCCCAACCACCCCUGGAAAGCCCAUGUCUCUUCUUUCCGCUGCAUUGGCCCGCGAGGCUGCAGGCGAUUCGGCCGAAACCCCCACGCGCCAAGCAAAGCAGCCGCAAAACACCGCGCCUGAAUCGACACCACUCAGCGAGCCGGUCAAGGUUCUCAACACCAGGCACGCAGGGCAGCAAGGUCUCCGGAUCCGGUCGGACGGUCGCAUCUUUGCCACGGCGGGUUGGGACUCCCGUGUCCGGGUGUACUCUUGCAAGACGAUGAAGGAGCUCGCCGUGCUCAAGUGGCAUCAGGUCGGGUGCUUUGCGGUGGCGUUUUCCACCAUCGACGCCGCCACGGAGAACCAACCUGGGGAUGCACAAGACAGUCUGGUUUCUAGGCGGGGUGACGUCACGGUCAAGGAGAAGAGGAUCUUACAUGCAAAGUCGGCGCAUUGGCUAGCUGCGGGGAGUAAAGAUGGGAAAGUCAGUCUAUGGGAGAUCUAUUGA